CUGGGAUAAAAUAUAGAAAAAAUGCUUACUUCUGGAUAUUUUUUUAGAAAUCGUAACAAUCUGAUGUUUUUCUUCUAUUACAAUCAAACUUACUCAUUGUGCGACGAAUACAAGUAACAUAAUACCAUACUUUUUGAGGCAAACGUGAUUGAUUUACCUUUGGAAAGAAACGUAGAUAAAGCUGCACUAAAUAAAAUAAAUUUUUAUCAAGUGAUCUCUCACUUCAUCCUUGUAUUCGGUUUUUGAUCAUAAGCUAAUCAGUCAUGUUGUGGAGUAUACUAUCUUCAUUUCACCAUAAUCGGUUUCAUUGCAAUUUUGUCCAAACUUUAUGUCAUCAACAUCAUUUACUUGGGAUUAGAGUAAUGCCAAGUUGUUCACGCUUAAGAAUGAGAAGUUUAUCGAAUGGAUCAAAUAUCUCUAGUAUUGAUGAGAAACCGGAAGCUCCAGAAGCAGAUUUCGUGCACCGACAUAUUGGUCCAUCUAAGAAAGAUAUCAAUCACAUGCUCCAAUUUUGUGGUUUUGAUAGAAUGGAAGAUUUUAUAUACAAAGUAAUACCAGAUAGUAUAUUAUUACAAAGGGAUUUGAAAUUAGAAAAUGAAACAAGUGAAGCAGAACUCAUCAGGCGUUUAAAGUUGCUCAUGAGCAAGAAUGAAGUUUGGCGUUCUUAUAUUGGGCAAGGAUAUUAUGGUACUAUAACACCAUCUACUAUACAACGUAAUAUAUUUGAAAAUCCCGGUUGGUACACUUCGUACACACCAUACCAACCUGAAAUAAGCCAAGGUCGUUUAGAAUCACUAUUUAAUUAUCAGACAAUGAUAUCAGACUUAACAGGUUUGGGGAGAGCAAAUGCAUCUCUGUUGGAUGAAGGUACAGCAUCUGCAGAAGCAAUGUGUCUGGCAGUCAGAUAUACAAACAAAAAAAGGUUUCUCCUCGAUAAGAGAUGCCAUCCACAAACUAUGCAUGUCGUCGCAUCAAGAGCAAAGAACCUUAAUAUUGAACUUGAAGUUGUUUCCAUAGACAAUGUAGAUCACGUAAAAGAAAUUAUUAGUACUGGACAGUUCUCUGGAUAUCUACUACAGUAUCCAGAUACAGAAGGUAAUAUUUGGGAUGAGAAAAUACAUGCAGUUGCUAAACUAACGAAAUUAAAUAAGAUGCUUCUCAUCACAGCAACCGACUUGUUGGCUCUUACACUUAUUGAAUCACCUGGUAGUCUAGGUGCUGAUAUAGCUGUUGGAUCUUCACAACGUUUCGGAAUACCAAUGGGUUUUGGAGGACCCCAUGCAGCAUUUAUUUCGUCAAAUGAAGCACUUACCAGAUUAUUACCAGGAAGAAUAGUCGGUCUUUCUAAGGACGCGAUGAACCAACCUGCGUAUCGACUUGCCUUACAAACGCGGGAACAACAUAUUCGUAGAGAUAAAGCCACAAGUAACAUCUGCACAGCUCAAGCAUUACUUGCUAAUAUGGCUGCUUUCUAUGCUGUUUAUCAUGGUCCUGAAGGAUUAAAACAAAUAGCUUCGCGUAUCCACAGAAAUACUUUACGUUUAGUGUCAGCUCUAGAAAAUGCUGGCUAUAAGAUUGCCAAUCAAACUGCAGUAUUUGAUACAAUCAAAGUAUUACCAAUUUCUAAACAAAAUUGUCUUCAGUCUAUUCAAAGAAAAGCGUUCGAAAAACGAGUGAAUCUCUUAUACUAUCCAGACGGUGGGGCAGUUGGUUUAUCAAUAGAUGAAACUCUAACUGGUGAAGAUUUUAAUGACCUAAUGUACAUUUUCGGAGCAACUCGGGUGAAGCCUCAGGAACAUUCAAUUUUCGCUAUUAACACAUAUCCUAAUUUGAUGCGUAAAAAUAGCUAUUUAACACAUCCUGUAUUCAAUUCAUUUCAUUCGGAGACUGAAUUAUUACGAUACAUGAAAAAACUAGAGAAUAAAGAUAUUUCUUUAGCACAUUCUAUGAUACCAUUAGGCUCUUGCACUAUGAAAUUAAAUGGUACUACUGAACUACUUGCUUGCUCAUGGGAUAAUGUCAACAAAUUGCAUCCUUUCGUACCGAAAAACCAAGUUACUGGUUAUUUGGAAUUGAUUGCACAACUGGAGAAUGAUAUCAAAGAGAUAACUGGCUAUGAUUAUGUUUCUCUUGCACCAAAUAGUGGAGCACAGGGUGAGUACGCUGGAUUAAAAGCUAUCAAAGGAUAUUUGGAUAGAAAAGGUGAACAUAAACGUACAAUCUGUUUAAUCCCUACCUCAGCACAUGGGACGAAUCCUGCUAGUGCUCAAAUGGCUGGAAUGACUGUUAAACACGUGAAAACUACAUCGACUGGUAGUCUAGACAUGAACCAUCUAGAAGAACAAACUUCUCUAUAUAAAGAUCAUUUAGCAGCCAUUAUGAUCACCUAUCCAAGUACAUUUGGUGUAUUUGAUAGUAAUGUUCAAAAAGUGUGUGAAAUCAUUCACGAAGCUGGUGGACAGGUUUUUAUGGAUGGUGCCAAUUUGAAUGCACAGGUUGGUUUAUGUCGCCCUGCUGAUAUUGGUUCAGAUGUUUCGCACAUAAAUUUACACAAAACAUUCAGUAUUCCACACGGUGGAGGUGGACCUGGUUGUGGCCCUGUUUGUGUCAAGUCGCACUUAGCACCAUUUCUUCCCCAGCAUUAUUUAUACGAUUAUACUUGUGUGAGUCGUUCUGGUCACAAAAUGAACACUGAAAAUAAAUCUUCUGAUCAUUACGCAAUUUGUUCGGCCCCAUUCGGUUCUGCAAGCUUAUUACCAAUAUCAUGGGCGUAUAUGAGGUUGUUAGGCCCGAAAGGUUUGAAGAGAGCAAGUCAGACGGCUUUGUUAAACGCUAAUUAUAUGCUCAAGCGUCUCCGAGACUAUUAUAAUAUACGCUAUGUAAACAGCGCGGGGAUGUGUGCACAUGAAUUUAUAAUAGAUUGUUCACAAUUCUCUAAACAGAAUAUUGACGUGAUUGAUAUUGCAAAACGAUUAAUGGAUUAUGGUUUCCACAGCCCAACUAUGUCAUGGCCUGUGACAUCAAGCCUAAUGAUUGAACCCACAGAGAGUGAAUCUAAAGCUGAGUGCGACCGUCUGUGUGAAGCACUCAUUUCGAUCAGAGGAGAGAUUGACAAGGUGAUCAAAGGAGAGUGGGAUAUCGAAUGUAAUCCAUUAAAAAUGGCUCCACAUACUAUGGAAGUAAGUAUUCAAAAUAUCUAUUCGCCUAAUUUUAAACUUACUAUCGUGACAAACCUUUAAAAUCCACCCCAAUGCACUAGCUCGUAGCUAUCCAGAAUCAGUAGCUAAGUGGAUAACGCGAUGACGUUUGGAGAGAACGGUACCGGGUCCGAGUCUUGAAGUAAAUAUCGACUGUGGGAUGCAGGUAAAUCCAGCUGAGUCUCAGACAGGAUGAAUCGCGCGUCCAGGGUUCCACUGCUACUCACCAUCCAUCUCUGCCCGAAUUAUUGUGUUUAGAACUUCUAAAGCUAGUCCCUUGUGUUCACUUUCAGGCGACUUCACAUUAGUGGUUGCAGGAAAUGAUACGUUAGGUAAUAGCUACCCUAUAACUUCUGGUUGUAAAAAUGAUAUAAACUUAUUAGAAACUUUUUAGGACAGGAUCAGUCUGUAGUUAUCAAGUAUUGGCUUGAUUCGUUUAGAAUGCACAGAUUUCGUCUAUGGGUUCGCCAGAAAUCAAAGGUUGUAAACUGUAGAUGACAUGGGUCGUUAUCAACAAAUUCAAAAUUCCAAACAUUUCCAUCCCCUUUUUCGACCCAUUUUCUGGUUUUGAGGUUGAGAAAUGACGCAACCUAUGCAAUCUUUUGCUCAAUAGUAUUCAUCAAGAUGAGUUGGAGAUUAAUUCAGGAUCCGUUCUAGAAUAAUAUAUAAUUGUAUUUAUCAGCAUUUCAUGUAAAUACUUAUUCGUACAUCGAAAGUUGGCAUGGAGAUUACAGAUAGAAAGAUCAAGGUUUUAAGUUAUGAAAUAUGCUCCUGUAAAAAUUUAUAUGAACACCAACUACAAACAAAAGCUUGUGUAUGAUACAAGUAGCUUAUUCUGCUAGGAAGGGCCGAAAUUUAUAGUAUCACUUAAUUCUCCUAAAACACUCCUGCAAUAAAGGAUGAAAAUAGUUUAGAAAUACAUAUCGUGUAGCACUUUUUAUCCAAGUCCGAGUUCAUAGGUCAGUGCCUGGAUGCGGUUUUUUCAAUAAUUCAUUCAUGCACUAUUAUCUAUUUCAGACAGUAAUGGAUUCGAAGUGGGACAGGCCAUAUACACGCCAAGUGGCAGCAUUUCCAGCCCCAUGGCAAAAUAUGAAAGAUGAAUCAGUAAGUAAACGUUCAAAAUUGUGGCCGACUGUGAGUCGGCUAGAUGAUGUACACGGUGAUCAACACUUGAUAUGUACGUGCUCUUCACUUCUGGAAAGUGAAACCAACUCCAAACUCUAAUCUGGAAUUAGCAUUAAACUUUUAGUGAGGAAACUUCAAGAUAGUUCGUCAUGAAAAUAUCUAUUUUUUAAAACCAAUCGAAUUUAAAUCAGGGAUUUAUUAUUUUUUAAUAGUUGGUUUUUUGUGUAGACAAAUUUGUAGCUGAAAAAUAAAAUAUUCCUGCUUAAAAAUU